AUGACAGGUGAUAUUUUUAUAAACUGGAUAAAACAAUUAGACCUCUCUUUUAAAAAACAGAAUAGGAACAUUUUACUGUUUGUAGAUAACUGUCCUGCACAUCCUACUAAUAUUCCACUUGAAAACAUAAAACUUGUUUUUUUACCCCCAAACGCAACAGCCAAAUUACAGCCUCUGGAUCAAGGAAUUAUCAAGGUUUUAAAACAAAAAUAUCGAAAAAAAUUGGUUUUACGAUACUUGAAAGAAAUGGAAAGUAAAAAUCCCCCGAAAAAACUUGACGUACUCGAUGCAUUACACUACGUAUCUGCAGCAUGGGAUGAAAUUACGGCUGAUGUCAUUAAAAAUUGUUUUCGAAAAGCAAAAUUUGUUGAAGGUGAUUACAGUGCCGUGGAGAAAAGCAGCGAAGAUUUUCAAGAAUUGGAGGAGUUUCCAGGAUAUGCAGAAAUUGACGAGGACGUCGCCACAAGUAAGUUAUAUUACUGGAAUUUGAUUGAAAAGUAUGCUGCUGGAUCCUAA